CCACAUCGCGCGCUCUUCUUCACUUCUUCCUCCCUCUCUCUCUCUCACCAAUUCUAGGGUCUCAAAAUUCACAUUCGGAUCUCCACUAAUCUCACCAUCAGAUCCUAAACCCUAAGUCCAAUUCACUCUAACCCCCUCGAUCUCCAUUUUUGGACUCGAGGAUUAAACGAAAUCUGUAAUUCCCAAUUUCUGGAUUUUCUCUGAGAUUCUCUCCUAAUUUGUGGCUUCUUCGUCGAGGGUUUCUCGAGUUAAUAAUUGACUUCCCAAUGGAUGUUUCUCGAGGGUUUUCUAUUAUUCCCAGAUCCGACUUAAAGAUAGGAGGAGGCAACGAAUUAGAUAAAAAGGCCAAUACAAGGCAGAGUUUUGUUAAAGAAGGGACGAAAGAUAAUAACAAGACUGAUGUUGACUGUGUAAAGAGAAAUGAAGCUGAAAAUGAUGGUUUAUCAUCGGUUUGCGAUAAAUCUAAUUCUUCAGAGUGUGGGAGUUCCAAUGUUCCUCCUCCUGUUGAAGCCAACGAUCCAAUGAAGCUGUGGAAAGCAAUGAAACAAAACGGGUUUCUUUCUAACCCACACGGUGGUGUUUCAGUUACAUCAAGUAGCUGUGUAGUCUCGUCUUCUCACGGAGGGAUACCUGCUCCUAGGAAACGUGGUCGCAAAAGCAAGAGUAAGGAUGAUGCUGAGAUGGUGAAGAAGAGGAAGAUAGAGGUUGCGAGGAAAGAAGAAGCUGAUAGGUUUGCUAGGUUAGCUGCUCCUUGUGGACUCCUCAAUGAACUGAACCCUGGGAUUAUAAACCAUGUUAGGAACAAAAAGCAAGUGCUUUCCAUCAUCCAAAACAUUGUCAAGUCUGAUAAAGAGGACUCGAUGAGGGAGAGUAAUACUAAAGUUGGGGGUUCCAGGAAGAACUUGGAAGAUGUCUCUAGAUUUGAUUUUAGCCAAGGAUGCAAGUAUGGCAUUACUGAAGAUAGCUACUACCACGAGGAGAAAUGCGCAGAUGGUGAGUUCAGUGAAGAUAACGGUACAGAAAAUGCUAGUUCAUUGUUGAGCGAGGACGCAGCAGGUUUGAACCAUGCUAGUGUUCUCACUGUCAAAGCGGCUACAGUAGCAUCUCAAUGGUUGGAAUUGCUUCAUCAGGACAUCAAAUGCCGUGUUUCAGCUCUUCGCCGGAGUAAGAAGAGGGUUCGAGCAGUUGUGACGACAGAGCUACCUUUCUUAAUAAUGAAGGAGUUCCCAGCUGAUCAAGAGAAUGACCCAAAUUUACUCAUCAAUGGAGCUUCAAGGUCUUCCACGGUCGAUAACCACAAGAACAGAUGGAUGGCGCUGUUUAACCAACUCGAACAAACGCUAUCAGAAGAGGAGAAACAACUGGAAAACUGGUUAAACCAAGUGAGAGAGCUGCAAUCGCAUUGUGACCGAGGUCUGCAAAACUUGAGCUUGAGUUCUGGUCAGAACUUCUUACAGUUAGGAAUGCCAUUGUACUCCAGAGCUGCGGAUGCACUGAUCUCAGAUAAGGAUUUGGUCGUUAGAGCAGCCGCAGCGUCCAUAUACUCGACCUGCAACUUUCUAGCAUCAAAGGAGAGCAUAGCCUUUACCUGAAUUCCUUUAAGCUUCUGGCUAGUUUUUGAUAUAAGGUUUUUAGUUGACAACUUUCUGUUAGUUACUUUAGUAUAACCUUCCAUAGCAGAGUUUUUCAGUCUAUGUGCAUCUGUAACACUAGUAGCAUUGCUCAUCAGCCUUGUCU